UGAAAAUGCACCCUCCCCAAAAAAAUCCAAAAACCAUCUCACCAAAAUCAACGCCAGGAACAAGAAGCUCCUAUUACAAAAUCCAAAGCCAAAGUCAAACCAAACCAAAUCGAAGUCCGUAUAGGUUAUAUACUGUGUAUGGGCUUUUCUGUAUUAUAUCACCUUCUUCUCGCUGGCUCUGCUGUCUCCACAUAGCUAUCUGGCUUUGCUUGACUCGCUGCUGGAUGUUUCGAGUGAUGGUACAAAAUAACUUAAGUCUCUACUUUAAUAAUUGUGUAUAUCAGUGCAACAUAACUGCAACCUAGAAAAUAAAUCUCAUCUCAUCUCGGAAAAAAUAAAUAGAAUUUUCAAACCUAACAACAAAAAAACACCCCUACUCAAAUAAAUCAUCAGCAACGUCGUCGUCCAGCAACAACAACAACAAAAAAAAACCAUAACCAUUUAGUUUCUCGAACGGACGCUGGCAGAACAGAACCUCAAAGAUACUUCUCACAUACAGACACGUAUCUAAGGUGCGCUCCGGUGUUGUGUAUAGUGUGCAAAGAAAAAUUAAAAAAAUAAUAUUGUGUUUUCUUGUUCCAACCCCAAAUUUUGCCAAUUAUUUUGUUAGUUGUGUUUUAAGAUACAUAUCCUUGAAAAAAAAAUAAGAAGGAUAUUUUUUCCUGUGGUAAAAAUUUGACAAAAAAUUUAUAGAAAUCUCUCGUUUUGGUGUUUUUCUUUUUAACUUGUUUUUCAAAAUUAAAUUCUUCAUUUUUAACAACCAUCCUUCUCCAGGACCAGCUGUUUGGUCAUCAUCAUCAUCAUAAAUACCACAACCUACACCACUUUCAUCAUCAUCUUCUUCACCAUCAUCCUUGUCGACUAAUUUAUGGUUCACCAAAAAGAAUAAAAGGAAUUUCUCUCACUUUUAACUUUCUGCAAACGAUGAUAAAUAAAAUCCCCCAAUGAGUGUGUCAAGUAAAAAAUAACCCUCAAAACAACAACAAAACUAAUUAUAAUCCUAAAUUCUGAAGGUUAAAAAAUAUCCCCUUAUAGAAAUAUCAGUUAAGCCGGCAAGAAAAAAAAGUGCAAAAGAAGAAAAUACUUAGAAAAGAAUAAAUCCAUAAAAAAAGAUACAAAAGUAUCUUUUUCCUUUUUUAUUGUUUAACAUAAUUUCUUUCAUUCAAAUUUAUUUUAAUAUUCAUUAAGUUCUUCUUCCCAUCAAGUUCCAGAGUAAAUUCCAUCUUUUCGUAUAAUCAAAUCAUUUUAUUUGUUUUAUUAAUAAAUAAUAAUGUUUCUCUGAUAGAUAUUGUAUCUUUUACACUUUCGCUCUUUGUAUGUCAUUCAUCUUUCUUCUCAACUGGUUCUGUAUUAAUUAAUUAAUUUAAUCAAAAUGUGUUUGUGUCUGUGAAUGUACGUGAAAAAUUAUUACUUAAUCAAAGUAAAAAAAAACACGCGAUAUAAAAAUUUCAUCAAAGUAAAGAAAAUAGUUGUCCCCCAAAAAGUAUCUUUUGUAUAAUAUAUAGAUGAAUUUUAAGUGUAAUACGAAUAUCUCUAUCUACUCGCAUCUAUUCUAAAUUAACAAAAAGAAAAGAAAAGGGUAUGGUCUUAAGAAUAAGACUUAUGCACUUAUUGAUCAUCUUUUCUUCAACAUCACCACAGUUGAAAGUUAUCUCUCAGCAGUAUUAGAAUCGGCAGCAGUGAGCUAUAUUAUAGCUAACUGUAAUUACCCUCUCGCCGCUCUAUAUAGGAAUAUAUAUAUACCAAAGAACUUCUCAACACACAAACAAACAUACAAAUUGUGUGUCGUCCUUAAAGAAAAGAUUUUGGAAGCAGUUAAAUCAGGUUUCCAGACGUCAUCAACAACAACAAUAACAAGUUAGUAUCUAAAAUAGUACAGUUCGAAGAUUGUAAACGAAGUCCUUGCUGGUAAAGCAGUAUAAAUAUCAAAUCACAUCAAAUUGGCUUAUUCGCUGUACGUAUGCCCAGAGCCGAGCAGUGGCCAGAGUAUAAUUUCCCGAGCAACAGAGCGUACUGACACGCAUCAUAGUGUCGGUACGCUUAACAGUAUAUCGGCCUGCACCGGACACUAUAAUAGUGCGGUGAGUGUUAGCACCGAGAGUGUGGUGGGCGGCGGCGGAGGAGGCGUAGCAGCCGUAGGUGGCACUGGUCUUGUAAGUGAAUUUAUUGUUGGCGGUGGCGUCAGCGGAAACGUCAACGUGAACGUCAUCGGCGGUGGUGGAUCAAGCUGCUGUGGCAUUACGAAACCAACAACAACAACAAACACCUCGGCAGUUAACAGUAGUCGUUGCAAAUUACACAGCGCUCCUGGAAUCGAUUACCAAACUGCAACUUCAACUGGCAAAUCGACAUCGCCAAUUGCACCUUCAGCAAUUAUUGGUAAAAUCUAUCGUAGCAAUAAUAACGCCGCAGCUACCGAUUCUGAAUUACCCCGAGGAGCAGGCGGAGGAGGAGGACCAGAAGAAGAAGAUACAGAUACUACACCAAAGUGUCCACCAACAAAUAGAAUGAUGGUCAGCAAAUUGUGGAACAGUUGUUUUCCAGAAUUCUCAUCGGAGCAUGUGCAUCGGCACAAUUUUUAUUUGUGUCAGUGGCAGCGUAACACUCAAGUUCGCAUUGUUUAUCUAUUCUAUCGUUGGAUAACGGCGAUCACCUGCCUUGCUGCUCUGGUGUGCUCCCUGCUCGACAUUGGCCGGACGGAGGAACAGUUCGAACACCACUACGCCAAAUGGUGGAUUUACUUGACUCACUGGGGGCUGUUGGCGUGCACCAUCCAGGCCUGGCUGGGUGCGUGGAUAGUCACACAAGGCAUGAUGGUGGAACGGGAGGACUUCGAGAUUGUGAGACAGGCUAAGAAGAGUCGCCUCCAUCAUCUCUACUGGGUGAUGUACACCGUGGCGACUGUUUACUCCUUUAUCAUAACAAUGUGUUAUUGGCUGUUGGUGCAUAAUCCUGAAAUCCAUCGAAUUGACGCCCUCAACAUCAUGGUACAUGUAUUCAACUCUGUGAUAAUGUUAACCGAUUUGGCUAUCGUUGGACAUCCAAUUAAAUUGUCGCAUGCCUAUUGGACAAUGGGCAUUGGUUUGUCGUAUGCCAUCUUCACAGGUAUCUACUUCUUGGCAGGUGGCACUGAUAGAAAAAAUCAAACAGCCAUCUAUCCCCUGUUGGAUUGGACUAAACCAGGCAAGGCUAUUGUGGUGACCGUGUGCGCUGUGCUCUUUGUGUUUGUCGUACAUUUUGGCUGCUAUUUGCUCUACCGGUGUCGAAUAUGGCUUUUUACCAAGCUCUGCAUACGUGAGUCCCAUAAUCGCGAUGGUGAUAUGGGUGAAGGUCUUAACGAGGACACCGGCAGUAGGAUUGUCCAUGAAUGCAGUCAGCAAUUUAUUCAGGAAUCCCAGCAGCAGCAACAACAUCAACAACAUCAAUACCAUCAGCAGCACCACCAGCAGCACCAUCAUCCACCGCCAUCACAACAGCAGCAGCAACAGCAGGUGCAUCAGCACCAGCAGCAGCAGCCCUUACAACAACAACAGCAGCUUCCACCAUUGCAACAAUAUCAGUAUUCAAGCUAUCACCAGGACAAUAACAAUAAAAAUAAAAUGUCCUCAUUGAGCCGAACGGUAUCGGCUCUGGAGGCCGGACAACGUGAACAAUUUCUGAAUCCCAACAAGAUCCUAGAAUAUAAAAUGUAAAGUAGGCAGCGUCGUCGGCAACGACGGAAUAUGGAAGAGGAUGGCGAUGGGUCGGCAGCAGCAUCACACACCGGAACAGGAACAGGAGCCGCAUCGAGGAGCAGCAUCAUCAACCAAAGAAGAGGUUUGAAUGAUUUUUGAAUAAUUUAUGCAGGUAUUUGGUUUGGUUUUAAAAUGUUUCACAAUUUUGUUACUUCCGAAAGAAAAACAAGAACAAGGAUUGUGCUUUUUAGGUUAAGCUAUUUAGGGAAAGAUAUUUUAAUGCUGCUGCUUGAGGAAAAUAAAAGAGAAUACAAAAUGAGUACUACUAUUACCUACUAUAGCAACAACAACAACAAAAAAGAAAACACUAAAAUUAAUUAUAUAUUAAAUCUAUUUCAUUAUAUUGAAGACAUUUUUUCGAAUGUAAAAAUGUAUUGGAAACACAAAAAAAAAAACAAAAUACACACAAAUUAAACAUUGGCGUUUCUUAGAAACAAUGUUGAAAAAUUAGUGUAGUUUGUUCAUUUUAGAAUAUGACAAUUAGUUAGUAAAUUAUUUUUAUUUUAUUGUAUUUUUUGUUUGUUAUAGUUUUGAAGUGGGAACAAAUUAUUUUGAUUUAUUCUCAGCUUUCUUUUUUUUCUUGAAUUUAUUUCUUAUGAAUCAAAGAUUAUUUUUCCAAACAUAAUUGAGACUUGUGUAUUUGUUAAUGUUUACGGAAUUUUUAUUUGACAAGAGGUAAAGGCAAAUUUUCAUUUUGUGCAAGUUUUUUUUUCAAACAAAAUACCCAACGUAAAAAUAUACCACGUUUUAAAGCAAUAGAGUCUAAGGGGAAAGAAGUAUUAAGCUCACAUGUAAUGAAAAUUCGGUAUAGAUUAAAGUUUCUGAGUGAGUUAAAGCCCUGCUUUUUAUGUUUCUUUUAUUUGAAGAAGCUAUAAUUAAGUUAUUAUCCCCGUCGGUUUAUUUACGUAGUUUAAACAUCGUUAGAAUGUCUUGUGUUGUCUUCCCCUAAGAAAUUUAACGGUAUUAAUUAUGCCUGAAAAGAUUCUGAUUAAUAUAUAUGGAACACAGCAGAUAUUCGUUCCUGGACCGAACUACAUUAAUGUGGUUUUAGCGUUCUUUUGACGAGCAAAUCAUUUUAGUUCGCCAUAAUUGAAAUUAGUACGGAAGAUUUCGUAAUUGUAUGUUUGUUGGACGAAAUGAUUUUAAAUACAACUAUCCGCAGAAGAGAGGGACGAGGGAUUUCACUGCUUUUUGGAUUCCAUGGUUUGUUGGGUUCCACCUGGUCUUAGAGAGAUUGCAAUUUUACACUGCAAUACCGCUCUCUUUGAAUAAAUACUUUUAGUGAAGUUUUUUUUUUUAUUUUUUCAGGACAAGCGAUUGAAAAAUACAACUAAAAGUUUCGACGUAUUUUGCAAAAAUUGCUAUAAAAUCAAAUAGUUUACAUUUUUUGAAAAAAAAAAUAUGUUUGUUAAACUGUUCAUAAAAAUAUUCAAAAACCCUACAGA